AUGGAACAUACUGAAGGUAUGCAUACUAAAGCCAGGGGUUACUUACAUGUUGAGGCCAACAAACCACCAGCGAACGCGGAGCUCGAUGAGCUAUCACGCCUCGGUGAAGAGCUUCGUCGAAGAGACGGACGUGCCAAGUACAAGCUUGUCGAGUCGGAUAUUUAUAAGACAAAUCCUGAUCCGCUGCCGUCAAACCUGAAGGAUCAGGUUCGAGAUUUACUCGAAUCGCGAAACUCGGUGGAGACGACGACAACAAUGCGCGAUCACGACAAGUCUGGCUAUGUGACGGAUGUCUCGACGGCGACAUGGAAUUUCUCAACGCUCGAUUACUCGCCGCGCUCCGUUGUGAGCGUGAAUGGAGCUCGUGAUGAUAUCUUAAAGAAGGUACCACCACUUCGCACUAAGACUCCGCCACCGCCAGCUCCAGCUCCUCCACCACCAAAGCCGCUAUAUGAGACAUAUGAGACGCGCUACACGUCGGCACCGAACCUCCAUUCUGCUGUUAUUCGAAUUCAGGAUGACAAACCGCGCAGUAUUAUGAAGCGUCGAGAGCUUGAGAGCCGCGAGCAACUCCUCUAUCCAACCCAUGACACUCAGGUUGUCAAAUCAUACGUGCGCAAGCCGACUGUCACCGAGACGGUCCAGCGUUUCGAGGAAACUCGCCGCACUGAAGAGGUUGAGCGUCGCGUUCAACGCCGUGAGAAGAAGGAGCGCCGCAGCCGACACCACUCCUCGUCGCGCCAUCAGUCUCAAUGGGAGGGACAGACCGGCGGAUAUCACGAAUUCCGACAAGGUUCGCUCUCACUGCCACAAAGAACGAUUGUUCGGGAAAGCGAUCGCGCGAUGACUGAAGAAGAGAUGGACAAGGUGGUUCGCGAAGCGUAUGCAGCCGCCGAUGAAGCCCGACGCGAAAGCAGACACCGCAGCAGCUCAUUGAGCCGAGGUGGAUAUAUUCCAGGCGGACAGGAGACUUAUUAUCGUCAAGAGACAACUCGUCGUCAGCAACACAACGGCUACGACGACAACUUCAACCGGGGAAUAGCGCAUGCGCGUUACGGUUCGUUGUCCGAUUCGUUGCGACGCGGCGAACUCAAAUAUGUUCCGAACGGUGAUAUACGUGAGAGCUAUUAUCAUCGCGAUGGCAGCAACGCGGGUUCGCGUCAAAUGCAUAAGAGCUAUUCGACACGCGAUGUUUUCAAUGGCGGAUACGCCGAUGAUCGCCGAUCAGUGAGCUCGUUUAGACGCGGAAGCCAACAACAGGUCUCGCCAUUUGUCGAGUUUCCACCAACGCUUCCAAGAAGAGGGGAUUAUCGCGAUGAUGUCCAAUUUCGUCCGGUAAGCAAGUCGCGCAGCUACGCCGAUUGGGACGAUGCCGGUCGUGCCGGAUUCGGACGCGAGGUUCGUCGUUACGAUGAUGAUAUCGGCCGCCUUGAAGCCGAGUUUCGCGACUCUCUUCUGAUGCCAAUGCCAGCUGGAAACAUGAACGAGAGAGAUCAUCGAACGGAACAAUUGCCAGGAGGCUACGAGACAUUCAACAAGGAACGUCACGCAAAUAGUGGAAAGCGGGUUGGACGCGACGGAAAGCCAGUUGACUUCAGCGAGGCGUCGCAAGAAUACAACUACAAACGCGAGCAGACGUUCGACGAUCGCCGCCGCCGCUAG